AUGAAGAAUUUCUUGGUCAUCUUGGUUGUGUUAUCUACCGUGGCCCUGUGCUUGGCGAAGCCGAAAUGGAUAUGGUUCGAUGAGGAAGAGAAGAAUGGUGUGGAUUUCAACGAUGAAGUCUUGACAAGAGAAAAAGGAAAGAAUGAGGAGAAUCUGUUGAAAGAAUGGAAGAAAGCUUAUGAUCGUUCAGGAAAACAAGCAAAGUCAAAGCCUGUGUGCCGGGGAGGUUACUGUCCCCCAUCAUGAGCUAACACUAUAUAACUUUAAACUUCUAUAUAUAUUAACAUCAUACAGUAAUAAUUAUAUAAACAAUUCAUGAUAGUGAUAAUAUAUGCAUGUGUACGUCAAAGAUUUCUUUUUUGUGAAUGUAUUGUUUUUUCAAUUUUUCUUUGUUCAUUCCCAGGCCAAGUACUGGUGUGAGCGACCUUUUCUAUGCGAUUCGCUUCAAACUUUGCAUUUUUGCCAUUAUCUUCUCUUCAGUUAAAACAGUCGACGUUUUCACCUACGAUAAAGAUCUGAAAAUGAGUCGCUACUGCACAGAGAAAGGCCAUGUUUUGACAAUCUGACUCCAACUAAUUUGUAAAAGAACAGGAGGUUACACUGUGCAAAUACUUUUCAGAAUCCGUUUGCUUUAUUUAUUCUUAAUUCAAUUAAUCUUAAUAUUUAAAGAGUAAUCUAUGCUCUAAUCUUGACUAUAUUUGAUCUGUGGAUAAUUCUUUAAAUUCAAAAUUAUCUUCUGAACAUGCAUGUCUAUUGGUCAACAAUGGUGGUUUUGAAAUAUAGCAUGUAUUGUGAUUUUAUAACACUACACACAAAAUGCAACAAAUAUAACAAGCAUGCCAUCAUUUCUGGUCACAUCGGCUGAUUAGCGUUGUGAGGACAUAGGUAGCUCUUUCAAGUCAGAGUGCCUUUCACUUUUUUAGCAGACAUAGUCACUUUUUUCAGACAUAGGACGCGGCUCUUUCUCUUUGACUUUUCAAAGAGAACGUGUUUGUUAACUGUGACGACAUGUUCUGCGUUGAUCUCCUCCGAUAACUACUCCUGCUUUUACCAACGAAAGCGAGCAAAGUUUCCCUGUAGUCGGGUAGACGUAAGGCAUACAGAAUUGGGUUAGCCGCGAAAUUUAGCAUGGCAAUUGGUUCGUAGCAAUAUGAGAGGUAACGCAAUACUCCGCCUGUUUUACCUUGAUCAAAGUGGCCCAGUCUUGCCAAGAACUCUAGUUGUUUCAGUAAGAAAUAAGGAAAGGCGGUGAGGAAGAGAACCAGUGUAAGAAUGAUCACAGUCUUUGCGAUAUUCUUGUGCUUGGCAUUUUGAGGAUUUCCAGUGCUUCGUCCACUUCGAAUUAUCUCGAACGCAACUUGGAUAUUCAAGACUAUUUGAAUGACAAGUGCGAUUUGUAGUACGCCUAUACGAGCUGUCCAAAUUUUUAAGUUCGUCGUUUCUGGUAAAUAAAAAACGUAGGUGAUCUGACUGAAACCCAAUAAAAAUGCGAAGAGCCAAACUGCUAUGUCAACCAAUACGAUUUUUAGAGUGGUGAACCAAUAGCGACUUUUGAGCGGAAAUUUUGUGAUUGCGAAAAUUUGUACAGCGAGAAAUGUCAACCAUAGGAACGAAGCGGAAGAACCAAAACACCAGCCAAAAUAGGUGAUGUCAUAAUAUAACAAGCUUUCUUGGAUGAAAAACUGCUGACCCGAUAAAAAGAAAAACGAUAUGCAUGAAAUUAUAUCGGCAAUUGCCAGGUUGAGAAUAGUUACCCAUGGUCCUUUGCGAAGUAUUUUCAGAGGAUCGAUAGCCAUGGCAAUGAUUACAACAAAGUUGAGCAGUGCACCCGUUGCUACCACAGACAUAUCGACGAUAACGAUGUUUCUAUACUUUUCUUUGCUAAGGAAAUACCAUGGCU